AUGGUUAGGGCAGAUACUGCGGUUACGGUAAAGGUACUUCAACAAGCGACAGAAGCUGAUUACGGUUUCAGGCCUAGUUACAGGAAGGUUUGGAUGGCUAAGCAGAAGGCAGUGGCAGAAAUAUAUGGAGAUUGGGAAGAGUCUUACGCGGAGUUGCCACAUUGGAUGCUAGGGAUCCAGGCGACAAUGCCGGGAACAAUCACGGUGCUGAAGACGUCUCCUGUUCGGAUUGGUGGUGGGGUUGAUGAGUCCACCGAGUACUUUCACCGGCUAUUCUGGACAUUUCCACCCUGUAUCGAGGCAUUCCGGCAUUGCAAGCCCCUCGUCAGUAUUGAUGGUACCCACUUGUAUGGGAAGUAUGGAGGGACGCUGCUGUUGGCGAUAGCUCAGGACGGGAACUCGAACAUCCUCCCGAUAGCAUUUGCCCUUGUGGAGGGCAAAAAUGCAGAGUCGUGGUCAUUCUUCUUGUCCAAUCUCCGAGAGCAUGUGACUCCUCAGGAGGGUAUCCUUGUUAUCUCUGACAGGCAUAAUGGGAUCAAGGCAGCGCUUGAGGCACUUGAGACUGGGUGGCUGCCUCCUCGGGCGUUUCGGGCCUACUGUAUUAGGCAUGUGGUUGCGAAUUUCGCCCUAACGUUCAAAGGUAAGGACUCCAGGAGGCUGUUGGUGAAUGUUGCCUACGCAAAGACUGAGGCUGAGUUUUACUACUGGUUUGACAUCAUGCGGACUGAGAAUCCAGCAAUGUGUGACUGGGCCAACCGGAUGGAGUAUGACAAAUGGACCCAACAUGAGGAUGCUGGUCGACGGUUCGGGCACAUGACCACAAACAUCAGUGAAUGUGUGAACUCCGUGCUAAAGGGAACUCGCAACCUGCCGGUCACAUCUUUGGUUAAGUCAACCUACGGGAGGCUUGCUCAGCUAUUUGUAGUACGGGGACAGACAGCAGAGGCACAACUCGGAUCUGGGCAUGAAUUCUGUCAGGCCUUGGUAAAGUCUAUUGAUCGGAACCUAAGAGACUCGAGGUGCUUCACUGUGACAUUAUAUGACAGGCAGCAGUCCGAGUACACCGUCGCGGAGACAACACCAACCGGCAACUUCUCCCUGGGCAGCUAUAGAGUUUCCCUUAAAGAUCACCGAUGCGACUGUGGCCACUUUCAGGCGCUGCAUUAUCCUUGUUGCCACGCCAUUGCGUGUUGCGCCUACUCCCGGCUUAACUGGGCGUCAUAUGUUCACGAGGUGUAUCGUAUGAGUGAGGUGUUCAACGUUUACAAGGAGGGGUUUCUCCCACCUAUCCCUGAAGGACUAUGGCCUCCAUAUGCUGGGCCUACCAUCAUUCCUGACCCUAAUAUGCGGCGUGCAAAGGAAGGUCGUCCAAAGGCAACCAGGAUCCGUGGAAGUAUGGAUCAGUCUCAGGAGAACCAGCCGAAGCGAUGUGGACUAUGCCGUCAGCCUGGGCAUACGCGGAGGAACUAUCACCAACGAAGACAGAGUGGUGGAGGGGAUGCGUAG